UGACGACUGUUGAACGAGACUAUUGAGACUGUGUUCCCAUCUCUGAGCCCAUAGUUACUGAUCAAUAGUGUUGGCAUCGGGGGUAGGGGUCUGACCGUUUACUACAUACACCUACACCGCUGUGUAUAGAGGGGAUACCUUCAGGUGGCAAAGAAAAAGCUUCACAGAGAGAGUAUGAGUAUCGUGCAUGACCUGCCUGUUAACUAUUUUAACCUUGACGUUCGACAACUUAAAAUGUUAUGAUCCAAUUCCGUUUGAAAUCUUCCUCAGAGAGCAGUAUUUUCCCUGAACUGCUUCCUUAUAUCCAAAACCUCCAAGCACACAGACAGGAGGUGGUGCGUAACGUGAGAGUGAGAGGACACAACACACUGACCAGAAACGAGUCUGAAUAUGUUGUUUUUUUUAAACAGAGAGAGAGAGGUGGGAUCGCAUAAAAUGAAGGUUUCUCCCUAGGUAGGCAGGCUUGAGCAACACAAACAAUGAGAGAGGGAAGGAAGCAGGAAGAGAGAGUAGAUUCUGGCAUGUAAAAACCUUAUAUUCAACAUUGUAGUCAAAGGGACAGAGGAGGUGUGGAGAAGUGCAAGCAUAUUCAAAGCCUCACUUCUACCUCUGCAGUCCUACUACAAGGAUCCAGGUGGACCCCUAAAGACCACCAGGCACACAUCGACUCCAACAACCAGAGACCACCUGAUUAGGACCGAGGGUGAAAGACUGACAGUCAAUAGUGAUCUGGUUAACCUCAUACUGACACCUGGCUCGCUGAAGAAAGCAAUAGACCAUUAAAUCCUAGACAACAAGUUGUAGUGCGGCCUGGUCGGAAAAGAAAAGUCAUGACGGCGCCGAACUCCCAGAAAGGGAAGUCCUCGUCGAGGAAGAGGGUCCUGAUCACCGUGUUGAUGGUACUGGUAGUGCUGGGGAUCCUGGUCACGGCUGGAUACUUCAUCGCACAGCUGAUCAACAGUAAGUACUUUUUCUGCUCCCGGUCUGUGAAGUUCAUUCCCCUGGACAAAGCGUGUAAUGGGAUGGCGGACUGUUCAGGAGGAGAGGACGAGCUCACCUGUGUGACCAACAUGACGGUCAACACUACCUUUCCAGUGCGUCUGGUCUCUGAGCAGAGUGUUCUCCAGAUCUACAGUGCCGGGACAGGAUGGAGGAGUGUGUGUAGUGAGGACUGGACCCAGCUACACACAGAGAAAGCCUGUCAACAGCUGGGCUACACCUAUAAACCCGUCAGUAGUACCAUCUCAGUGAGGAACUUGUCCUCGUCCCUGAAGACAGGACCGUUCUCAGGGGUCAGGGUCGCAGCCGAAACCACGCCCAUUUACCAGACUGUCAUUGACCGCCAGGUGUGUAACUCAGGAUCUGUGAUCUCCCUGACCUGCUCCGACUGUGGAGAGCGGGGGAGAUCGGACCGUAUCGUGGGGGGUGUGGAUGCAUCUAUAGAAGAGUGGCCGUGGCAGGUGAGCCUGCAGCAGAACGGACAACACACCUGUGGAGGGUCACUGGUGUCACCGCGCUGGGUCGUCACAGCAGCGCAUUGCUUCUCUGGUAGUAAGAAAGAGCUGAGUCGCUGGCAGGUGGUGUCUGGGAGGACAUACAUGGGCACCCUGGGAGGCUCAUAUGUAGACAGGAUCAUACUGAACGGACAAUACAACGCAGCCCGCAACGACUACGACCUGGCCAUGAUGAGGCUGACCAAACCCAUCACUGUAGGAAACUCUCGUCGGCCCGUGUGUUUGCCCCCUAAGAACCUGGGACUGAAGGCAGGAGACACUAUGACGGUGACAGGCUGGGGCUACCUGGAGGAGAAGGGUAAAGUGUCUCCUGUCCUCCAGAAGGCUACCCUUCCCCUUAUAGACAGCGCUCAGUGCUCCAGUCCCACUGUCUACGGUUCCUCAAUCACUUCCAGGAUGCUUUGCGCUGGUUACCUGAAGGGCAAAGUGGACGCAUGUCAGGGAGACAGUGGUGGUCCUCUUGUGUACCUGUCAGAACAAUGGCAGCUGGUGGGGGUGGUGAGCUGGGGGAUCGGCUGUGCCAGAGAGGGUCGACCAGGGGUCUACUGUAACGUGGACGAUAUGCUCAACUGGAUCCACACUGUCAUGGAGAAAAACCCUUGAAGCCUCAAACCAUGACCAAGAGGCUCUAUCGCGUUGGGCUACCCGAAUUUCAGCGGAUCUACAUAGUGCUCUGUCAUGGGAAUAGAAGAGGAAUCCUCUUCAAAGUGCAAUUUUAAAACCCCUACAACAAUACAUAACUCAAACCAACACGCACACACAUGCCCGCACACUCAGAUAGGCACAAAAGUGCACCGACGCAAACACACUUGCACUCCUUGUUUACUAUAGCAGGUUAUUCACAGAGUGGCUUGUGCCAUUUUUUAGGUAUCUCAGGGACCACUGACGUGGCAGUGUAAGACAGACAGUCGGUCUGGGGCCGCGUCCCAAACGGCACCCUAUUGCCUUUUUAAAGUGCACGACUUUUGAUCAGAACACUCGGGUGAAAGUGGUGCACUGUCAAGGGAAUAGGGGUCCAUUUGGGACGAAGCCUGGGCUUUUCACAUGGCUGAGCACUUGAGACAGGACUCUCACCAAGUGCCUCUGCCGUCUCUCUUGGUCAACGAGGUGGCGAGAAGACUCUCCAUGGGUGAAAUGUCUUCAUGAAAAUAUGUGUAGAUAAAGUAUAUGUGCCAUGCAGGUGAAAAUGUGCAUUUUUAACCAAAUGUUAAAUGAGUAUGGGUGCUGUGACGUGACGUGAAGCUCUCUUCAUAGUAUAUGUCAAUGGAGGGGUCAUUAGUCUCAUCGAAAUACCGUGCUGUAAAUCCCAUCAUGGAUUCACUUGUGCACUUUCAGGUGGUCAGAUUCACGGUCUGCCAAUAGACUUCCAGUGUGCAAUUGGAAUAAUCCCUACAAUAUGCACAUUUGCAAGGUUCUGAUUAAUGACGUGUUUUUUUUGUUGUUGUUGACAUUGUGAACAUUUCCUUUCUUUGUAUAGCUGUACAUAUUGUAUUACGACGCAGACGUUGUUGUCUGUGUAAGAUCAGAAUGUCUGUAUUGCACACGUUGUUGGUAUGUUUUAUAAAGGGAUGCCUGUGUUAAAUAAAUGAUCAGAUUGGGAUGAACUUUGA